UUUCCUAAAAAGUUCUUUCACUUUCAUAGGACUGCUCUCCAUUUGGCCUGUGCCACUGGCCAUCCAGAUGUGGUGAGUUUUCUAGCAGACAGGAAUUGCCAGCUUAACGUCUAUGAUAAAGAAGCUAGGACCCCGCUAAUGAAGGCCGUGCAGUGCCAAGAGGAGAGCUGUGUAACCAUCCUUUCAGAACAUGGUGCUGAUCCUAAUUGUAUGGACCGUAAAGGCAAUACUGCUCUCCACUAUGCUGCUGUUGGUCAGAACGUCUCAAUAGUAGAGAAGCUGCUCUCAUACCAUGUAGAUAUUGAAGGAAGAAACCAGGUACAGAUCAACUUUAUUUAUAAAGUAUUUGAAAUUACAUACAUAUG